AGAGCGCUACUCUGAAAGGGAGACAGAGGGAGGGAGAGAUUGUUGAGGAGAGUUGGAGAGAGAGAGUUUGCUACUCAGAAAGGGAGAGUCGGUGAUAGAGAGAGCGAUAAAGGAGUGAUGCAGUAAAAGCUAUACACCGUGUUGCAAAGAGACAAUCCUGGCCCAGUUUCGAGUCGCUCGGGGGAGGAUGACCGUAAAGGGAGCAUAACAUGGACUUACUCACAGAAUCCAGCUGAAGACACUCCAACAGCGAGGGGCAGGUUUUAUUCCGCUGAAUCGACCUUGUAACCGAGUGGAUCACCUGUAGAGACCUGGAUCCUAGACCACCUGUAGGACCCGGAUCGUAUCGGACCAUAUAACUCCUCAGCUGCUGCGAUGGAAUGCCUCAAGAUGUGCUGCAAAGACCACCUGGUCAAGGAGUCAGAGCCGGAGAAGCGAGGGAUCCAGGUGAAGAUGCCCCAAGGAGAGAUCUGCAGGGAGAUGCCGCGGUCCAUCGGGAUCUCGGAGGACUACCUGCUGUCCAAGAUGCCCCUGGACGGGCGCGAGGUGCCGUUCGUCCUGCCCACCUACCAGCCCACCUACAUCCAGCCGCGGGGCCCCGGGUACCCCCACGCACCGCCGGGACCCCAGAGUUCAGCAAGGAUCAGGUACGCAGAGAGGAAGGCAGAGCUCUCGGCCCACCAAAGUCCGGGCUACGGCAGCACCGAGACCAGCUUCCACCCGGACCAGAAGGCCGCGUUCAUGUCCCCCGGGUCGGCCCGCCGCGACACGCUCCAGCAGAACCGCAUCCCGGCGCCUCAAGGCCCAGUGUGUGAGCUGAGGGCUGGGCAGCAGAGGCUGAGCAGCUCCCUGAUGGACCUCUCCAGGCCUCUGGGCCGCAUGCAGCAGAGGUUCGACUCGGUGUCCAGCGUCCAGAGCAACACCUCCUCCAUGAUGAGCUCCAUGCAAAGCAGUCUGGAGUCCAUCGGCCUAUCGGGGGACGAGGGGGAACCAGGCAAGGUGUGUGUCCGGGUGAGCUACCAGGAGAAGCUGGAGCAGGUGUGGAUCGCCCUGGUCCAGUGCUCGGACCUGACCCUACCGGGGGUUGCCGUGGACCAGCAGAGGAUCCAGUUCAAAGGGAUCAUCACCACCUCCAAACCGGUCCAGUUUAAAAGCUCCGUCAAGGACUACGUUCCGGACGUGGAGUUCAUGGAGACGUUUGUGUUCGCUCUGCGGCUGCAGAAGCUGCACAGCAGUGCUCUGGUGCUUCGGCUGCAGACCCUCAGCCCCAAGAAGCGCUCCGUGGCCCAGUGUGUCCUUCCACUGCGUCGACUAGGGCCCCAGGAGACGGAGCACUGGCUGGAGCUACGCCCCGCCUCCAAGUCCCCGGUGUGCCAUGCGGAGCUGCAUGUGGCCACGUGCUUCCAGGCGGUCAGCAGUCGAGUCCAGGUGCAGGUCAUCGCUGCCCAGAACCUCCCCACCUACUCCUCCCCCCUCUCCCAGGUGUUCUUCGUGAAGGUGGAGCUUCAGCGGCUGGAGCGACCAACCACGACCAAGAAGACCAAGGCCCUGAAGGCCUCAGACGGCACCUGUCAGUGGGCGGAGACUCUCCACUUCCUGUUGCCGCCGUUAGACCACGACUCCACGCUGGCGGUCAAACUGUACAGCCGCAGCUCCGUCCGUAGGAAGCAGUACCUGGGAGAGGUCCUGCUGGGGCUGAACAGCGCGGACCCAGCGGCCGCCGAGCAGUGGAGGAACACGCUGGCUCAGCCCGAGAUCCACGUGGCCGCCUGGCACAGGCUGAGCAGGUCGUAGGUCAAACCCCUCGGCCCACCGCCCUCGGAUCCCACCCAGCUGUCCGUACUGUACUGUACGUACUGUACUGUCACUGUACUGUUACGGUAGAUACUCUACUUUCACUGUACGUACUGUCACUGCACCUACUGUACUGUCACUGUACAUACUGUACUGUUACUGUACGUAUUCUACUGUCACUGUGCAUACUUUACUGUUGCUGUAUGUGUUUUUAUUGUAUGUACCGUACAGCUGCAGCCCGCAUCUGCGGGGUUAGUUAGCUGGACAAUCUACUGCCCAGUCGCAGCGACCCAAGGCAUCGUGGUGAACACCACGCGGAACAUUUCUUAAACACUGCGAGGAACCGAAUUGUGCGAUUUGUAAAUAGUACGAAACCCCUGAAGAAUACCGAACGGUUGAGACAGUGCCGAACAAAUGGAAACACAAAUCAAAGAAGCUCUGGUUUAUUUUGUUCUAUGUAGUACCAAGUUAAUAUUGGUAUAACAAUACGACGUACCCGGAAUGGCUGAAAUGUAUUUUUGUACACGUCGACACGUGGACGCCGCUUCUGGUACCAUUGUGACUUUUAUCAGCGUCUGUGUGGUUUAGAGGGUGUAUUUUUUGUGAUGAUUGAUAAUGAACUCAUUCACAAAACACUUGUUUUAUCGAUUGCCUAACAAGGAGCUGCGUUAAAGACACAUGUUCAUUCUCAUAUAGUGUGGCAGGUCUAAGCCAGAAGCUUUUUCAAACAAAAGCAAUUUUAAUGAUGUGCACAGAUUUAAUCAACUGCUAGCUACUGAAAUAGCCUUCAUUUGAAUUUAAUAAAGCCAAAUAUUGGAUAUAUGUAGAUAUUUUAAUAUAUAUAUGUAGAUGAGUAAUAUUUGUAAUGUAUUGUGAGAUAAAUGAGGGGGGAGGCUGUGAUGAAGUGAUAUGUUUCUAGUAGAAUCUUAAACAUAAGUUGUGUUCUUCUCAUUGUAAAAUAACAUGUUUUGACUGAAAAUAAAAAUAAAAUGCUAAUUGGAA